UAAUAGCUUUUCAUAAACAUGUUUACAACGCUCCACAGCGAAGAUACGGAAUAUUCGGCGGAUUCUGUGGAGUGGCUGACACACUAUGAUGCGGCAACGGGUUUCUUCGCAUGCGGCACCUAUCAGCUGGUCCAGGAGGAGGGUGAGGCAGCGGCAGAGACUUCAGGCAAGCGUCCACGCAAGGGUCGCGUUUAUUUGUACCAGUUUAAAGAGGAAAAUUGCCGCCUGGAGCGGCUACAGUGCAUCGAAACGUCUGCCAUUCUGGACAUGAAGUGGCUGCCGGCCUGGAGCAGUGAGUGUAAUCCCUACCUGGCCACGGUCAACUCUUUGGGCCAACUGGAAAUCUACGAGUUUCUCCAGGAUGCGCAGCAACUGCACAGGCGCACGUGUUUUAGCCUGGCGGAGCAGGAGUCGCAGGAGGAAGCGCCAUUGGCGCUGGCCCUAGACUGGCAACAUGACGGGAAGCACAUCCGACUGGCCAUCUCCGAUUCCAAAGGCGGCCUGAAUCUAUUGCGCUACUCAUCACAGGGUGAGAUAAUCCGCGAACGGUCGUGGUUGUCCCAUGGCUUUGAGGCUUGGACCUGUGCCUUCGAUCGCUGGUCACCGCACCUUCUGUACAGCGGUGGCGACGAUAUGCUGCUCAUGGCGCACGAUCUGCGCACCGAGCAGCGUGCGUGGACCAACCGGGCGCACAUGGCUGGAGUCACUUGUCUGCUAAGUCAUCCGCGGCACGAAAACCAUCUGCUCACGGGUAGCUAUGAUGAGCAGCUGCGUCUCUUCGACACCAGAUCGAUGAAGCGAUCACUGGCGGAACUGGACUUGAGCGGAGGCAUCUGGAGGCUGAAGCCGCAUCCUGGCCAGCCCGAUAUCAUCCUGGCCGCCUGCAUGUACACCAACUUUAGCGUGGUGCAGCUGGAUGUCGCGGCAACUGGCCUGAGUUUACUGGGCGCCUAUGAGGAGCACAAGAGCAUCUGCUACGGCGCCGAUUGGGCACCAUGGCAAAACAAGGACGAUGCGUCCUUGACCAUGGCCACUUGCUCCUUUUAUGAUCACACGUUGUGUGUGAGUCGUGUGGAUAUAAGCAAAUGAAUUCGUUCUUUGUAGGUUAUAUUAUGUUUUGCAACUAAAAUCUAAACGAAAACAAAA